AUGGCAUCAUCUGUAAUACUAACACCUACAAAUGAUGGUUCACUUCUCAUUAAUGAUCAGGUGCUGGCGUUAUUGCCGGAUGAAGAAAAAACUUAUUUCAGUGCAGAUGAUGUUGUUUGUUAUGAUGAGGAGGAACGGAAUCAAUAUCCGGUGGAAUUUUUACAUAGUAUCACACCCUCAGGUAUGCCUCCUCAUUGUCUAAAAUUAAAAUCUGGCGUUAUUGUUAUGUUAUUAGGAAACAUAAACAUAAAUAAAGGUUUAUGUAAUGGCACUCGCCUUAUUGUAAAACAUCUUAACGACAACUGUGUCGAUGCUGAAGUUCUCACUGGAAAUGCCAUUGGUGAUCGAGUACUUAUUCCAAGGUUGGAACUUGCACCUUCGCAUACAGAGCAAGAUCAUUUGAAGAUGUUAAAGUUAGCAUUGUCCCAACCUUCAAACAACGAUGCAUUGAUGGGAAAUGCACACUUCUAUCGUCUAUAUGUUCACAUGUUAUGUACAACCUUGCUGACGUGGAGUAGUAGUAAGGAGUGA